CAGCCAAGUUUCACUAGAAGACAAAACAAGUAAAAAGUUACCCACACGCGAGCAAAAACCAAUCAAUCAUUCAAUUUCAAGAACCAGUGGAAAGAAAAAAAACACAGUCCACACACACACACACACACACACACAAAAAUAGCCAUUUUCUUGAUUUAGUAAGUCACUAAUUCAUCACUGGAGAAGAAUAGUUCUUACAAACUCCCAACUCCCAUUAUCCUAAUUUUCAUCGGUUAUUGUCAGAUUCCCCCUUUUUUUUUUCUUUCUCUCACCUCAAAGAUACGAUCUUUCGGUUUUGUUGUCUGUAUAUGGACAAAGCUAAAAAAUGGCACCCGCGUUGUUUAGGAAAAAAUCCAGCGAAGCGCAUUCGAACGACGUCCAAGAUUCACCUCGUCCUAAUUUCGUACAAGAACUGACAACUAGUCUAAUUUCGUCUUGUCCUAAUACACUGUCGUCGAACGAAAAACUUCCAUGGAAUAGAGAUGAAAUCGAGAAUUUUCUUGAAAUUGAAACCGACUCGAAUAGUCGAGAAGUGACAUGUACAGGUAUAGUGGCAUCGGGAAACCGUACUAACCGAAAUGAUUGGAGGGAGUGGGCCCAUCAGAUAACCACGGUUGAUGAUUCACUCAACUCGAGUUUGACUGAUCUCCUUAUCGACGUCAAUGUUCCGGAUCUUGAUGCCAAGAUGUUGGAAUUUCACGGUCCCGUUUCAACGGUGCAAAGCUGUGGUGCUGUGGUUAGCUCUUCUAAUUGUUCUUCGCCUUCGACUAAAGCAAGAAUGCGUUGGACACCAGAACUGCAUGAGCUCUUUAUGGAUGCGGUGAAUAAACUCGGUGGCGCUGAAAGAGCUACGCCGAAAGGUGUACUCAAGCUCAUGAAUGUUGAAGGACUAACUAUAUAUCAUGUGAAGAGCCAUUUGCAGAAAUAUAGAACUGCGAGAUAUAAACCCGAGUCAUCAGAAGGAGCAUUAGAAAGAAAGUCGAAAAAUAUUGCUGAGAUGACAUCCCUCGACUUGAAGACUACGAUGGGGAUAACCGAAGCACUCAGAGUACAGAUGGAAGUUCAGAAGCAACUCCAUGAACAACUUGAGAUUCAAAGAAAUCUACAGGUGAGAAUAGAAGAACAAGCGAAACACCUUCAAAUGAUGUUCGACAAGCAGAGGAAAAUGGAGGAAGAUAAAUCCAAAGCCACGUCAUCGAAUUUGGACACCAUCGAAUAUCAGGUGCCAGAUGGCAACGUCAAAGCGGAAUCGUGUGGUCAGGAUCGCGCCAGCUCACCGGAAAUAAUUGCUACCGGAAACUGCAUUUUAGCGGACGAAAACUCGAACGAGAAAGAAAUAUCGUCGAAAAGGGAAAUGCCAGAGGUGGAGGAAUCGGGCGGUGGUGAAUGUAGUCCUCCGCCGCCACUAAAACGGGCCAAAGUCGAUGAAAUUAACGGUGAAACGGGCCGAUAAAUUAGAGUUAGGGGUGAUGAAUUGAGUUUUCAUAUUUAACAUGGAUUAAUUUCAAGAAUUAGAGUUUUAUUUCUCUCUCUUUUUUUUAAUCCAUUUGAUGUGUUGAAUGAUUGUUCAUGCAGAAUUGGAUAAGGAAAAAGGGUUCACUCAUUGCUUGUUCAUACAUAAUUGGAUAAGAAAUUUAAAU